AUCAUUCGCUUCAGCUUGAAGCAUGUACGCUUUGCCUCUUAUUUGGAGAACUGUGCAAGUGAUAUAGUCUUAACAGGUGCCAGGGAAUGCUUUAAAAGUGUUAAAAAUAAAACAUUAAGAAAUCCCCAUUAGAGUGGUCUGUUUGAAAAACAUCGUAAUGACUUCAGUAAUACAAAAAGUUCUAAUGUUCGUGGUUUUGCACCAAUCACGAGUGAGUCUGGAGCAUGAUCUCCCGCAAUAAACGGGGGAUCACGGUAGUCAUUAUCUGUAGGAAACAUAUAAUUCGAGCUCCAAGAAGUGAGCAGAAUAAAGGAAGGCUGAAUGUAAUCGCAUCGAGUGAAGCGCCAGCCAGUGGAUUGCAAUUUCAAAAGGAGCGAUUUUUCUUGAAUGAGCUCGUCCUUGCUUAUUCUUCACGGCUGCUCGACACUAAUGACUGAGGUCUCGAAGUCUGAAUGUAACACAGACACAUUUUUUAUUUUGAUUUUAUUUUUUGUAAUGCACUAAAGGUCACAAGACAUCAGGGUUGAAGUAAAACUUUGUCAUUUAGAAAAUUGUGCAAAAUUUCCCAUUGUUAUUGAAAAAUGAAUUCUAGGCUUAAGGCUGGUUCGCAACAGGUUAGCUGGUCUUUCUCUCAGUUCAAACAGGAACUGCAUGUAACUCCUAGUGAAAACUGGCAUCCAGUGAGUGAAUGUUUCAGUCCAGCUUUCACUCUUUCUAGUUCAUUUUCCUGCCUGUCAGCUCCUUGGCAGCGUGCGAAGCGCGCAAGUUGGCUGGAGCACUCUCCCUCCGAGUCGGGCUGCACAAAUAGGUUGCACACUCACACUGCAUUUUGCUUGGCACCUCCACAGGAAACUGCGUUCUGUCCUUAUUCACGUCACUCUCAUUCAAGCUCCACCUUGGCUUGCUGCAGCCUGGCAAAGCGCCCUUUUGGCGUCAUAAAUAUACCCCUCGUGAGCCACGUGUUGUUGUAAUGCAUGUUAGUGAAAGAAAGUUCUCCACAGUGGUGCCUUCAGAUAAGAGUGCCCCCGCUUAACAUUUUGUCAAGAUACAAGCUGUUGUUCAAACGAUUUUUUUGCUUUGACUUGGAAGCGAAAAUUUGAGAGCUUGGAGGAGACGCUAACACUGAACUAAUAGCGUGGAAAACAGCCAACGCGACAAGCGAGGCCACGCCCCUUGACGGCACACAACACCAAAUGUACAACUGAGCAUAGAUGCUCCACCGCCGUCUGUUUCCAGUGCUGGAGGACUUUCGUCUCGUUGUCUGCCAUGUCUGCAAUCAGGUGGUCACUCCUCAGGCCUUCCUCACGCACUACGGGGUUUAGUUUCCCAGUGAGACAGAGCGCAAGAAUCCUGGACCACAACCCCCCUUCAUCCUCUCCCCACUUUGCUCCCACAAAGACAUGCAUAGCAAGAACCAGAAGCGCCACAGCUCUCCCGUCCCUUCAAGGAGCCCGCUGGUCCUCAUGAAGGCCAAAGCCCCCGCCGUGGCAAGCGGUCCUGAGGAUGCAUUGGCCUUUCGGAUCCCCAAAGACUAUCCUCACUCCCGCUUCAGCAAAGCGCCACUCGCCGUCUAUCCUCCAAAGGGGGCUCGGAGCAAGCCAUGUGUAUCUCUUCCGGUCGUGAGCUUGGAAAAGAUGCCCUGCCUCAGCCGAGCCAACUCGACCUCACAAGUCCGUCUCGCUGCCUCGUCUUCUUCCCCCUCUUUGUCCCCUCUCAAACACCCGCCGCUCCCAGCCGUGGGCUUCUCCAAUGUGAAACUACCGAAUGGUCGCGGCAACACGGGGCCCUCCACGCCGCGCUCCUCCGCAUCGCCGUCGUCUCUGGACGUGCGCCCCAGCCCGGCGCGCUCUCCUCCUGACAGGCGGCCGGCAUCGUCGCUUUCCCCCUCCCCCGCUCCUUUGCCUGCUCACCGGCCGGCCUCUCAGCUGUCGUCACUGUCACCUUCUGAGAAGAAGAAUCAAAAUGGCACCAAGGCUUCUUCCAGGUCGCACAACAGGCUUUCAGGAAGAAUAUUUGACCCAAAUAAGCACUGUGGCGUUCAGGACCCUGAAACCAAACAGCCGUGCACGCGCUCCCUCACCUGCAAGACUCACUCCCUAACCCACCGCCGAGCCGUGCCUGGCAGGAGGAAACAUUUUGACGUCCUCCUGGCCGAGCACAGGGGCAGGACCAAGGAGAAGGAUGCAGCGAAGGAGAAAGACAAGGACGGUUGCAGCCCGAGUGUCGUCUCGCAAGACGCCGCGUCUCCCAGCAAGUCUCAAUGCCCUAAUGGACGUGCUCUGUCCACACUGAAAUUAAAGCUGGCAAACGCACACAUACCCAGGGUUCCAGGCAUCACCACCUCAGCUCCUCAGCUUCCGCCACCAGCACCCUUCGCUGUUCCAGGUCCCUUCCCCGUCCCGGCCUCCAACCCAGAGCACUCGCCCCAGCCUUGGACAACAACAGCAGGCGGAGAUGGCGAGCGGCUGUCUAGUGACGACGGCGACGCGCAGACUCCCGAGGACGCCCACCCACCUAUCUUUCACUUCUCUAAAGUCCACCCACAGCCUUCAGGGUUUUGCAUAUUCAGCAGCAGGCUCAUGGGACGAGGCCACUACGUGUUUGACAGGCGGUGGGACAGGAUGAGGCUGGCGCUCCAAAACAUGGUGGAGAAGCACCUCAAUGCACAAAUGUGGAGAAAGGUUCCUCUUGCUGCAGAGAGCCUGUCCUCCCUUUCGCCCUCUGGCGGCACGUCCCAGCAGGCACCCCUUCCCUCUCCCCCGUCGGACACUCGUCCGCCUUUAACCACCCCGUCCAGUUCCAUCUCCUGCGGUCCCUCCUUCCCUCAUCCCAUAUCUUCACCUCGAAGUUUGACCUUCAGAGAUGCCCCACAGCCAAUUUCCACUCUGGGAGCAUCCCAUCACAGCGCGCACAGGGCCAGUCGCCCCACCAAAGAGAGAGAGGACUCUUUCGUGGGAGCUAAGAGAAAAAACUCUUCCUACUACUGCUCCUUUCGGAACGGGACCAGCUAUCAUCCGCCGUUGCAAGCAUCAGGGGGCCCGGACGCGACCCUGGCGAGGAAAAAGGGACACGGUCGCGAGGGAAACGGGCUUUGGAGCUACAGUGACCACUGGUUAUCGAAAGCUGAUGGCUCCCGCAGCCAUAACUCAAAUAACAGUGAUCUUGGCAACACCGGUAUAUCCUACUCUGCCAGCAGGGAGCUGACAGCCGCCCCCUCCUCUGGAGCGUUGAAUUAUGGGCAAAAAGCAGAGGGGAGGAAGAGGAAGAGCGGCGGCUCUUAUGAAGGGAAGACCGGCAACAAGCUCAACAGGCUGGGCGGUGUGGACGGCUUCUUUGGGAACGGGAACGACAGCGAGUCCCAAAGACAGGCCGAGUUGCAUCACUGACACCUGUAUGGUAGAAUGUCUGGCAGUGAGACCCAACCCAAUCCCCUUAUUGACAGAACCAAUCAGACUGCUUCACCUGUGUGAUGUCGCUUAUUUACUUCCGUUUACGGCAGCCAAGCGGGCUCAGGAGUCUUGGGCCGCACGUUCUCGCCUGCUUGUUUUCACCCUCCGGUUCUAAUUUUGAAUGACGCUGACGGAAAUGAACGCGGGACUGCGGAGUCCAAAUGCCGUGUUCAUGAGGAAUUCAUUUUUCACUUUUUUAUAAGAGUUUCUUUGUGGUCAGCUGACAAGGAACUACUACAGGACUGGAACAUCGGCUUCAACAUUUCUUCUUUUUUUUUUUUUUUUUCUCUUCUCCUGCAAUCUUUGCUCAAUGGCAAACUUUUCAGUUGGGUUUUAACCAGCUUCUUCGCCCUCUUACCUUCCCUCCCUCUUUUUUUACUCCCCGUUUUAUAUGAAGCCGCUUUUUACGCGGACUCUCUUUGCAGUCUUUUGUCCCGUGUGCAUUGUGUACACCCAGCAUGGCUGUUUAAAGUGCUCUUACUGCCCUCGUCCUCCCUCGCAGCAGCUUCCACCAGUGCCACACUAAGACCCCGUUCACAUUUACAAUAUAUACAUUUACAGGGGGAAAAAAAUCUGUUAACCAAUGAUGCCGUUCAAUGCAUUGUAUUGUACCGAAUAUAGGUGGAAGUCUGAACUAAAGGAAACAUUAUUUUUUGCUAUUUUAACAGAUUUUCUUAGGUCUUUCUAGAGUGCCAUGUACCAUUUAGGGUUUGAGCUAAAGGAAUAAUUGUCAUUUUGAAGAAAUGUUGAAAGUAUUAUACAGUUGAAAAUGUGUACAUAUCUGUUUAUGAUUACUCUUUGGUAUUUAUUAUGCUCCCCGUUUGUACUGAGCUGCAGAAAGGAGGAUUUAAACAGCUAUAUAAUUUGACGUCAAUGGCCUGGUUUCCCCCCUGAAAUUCACAUAUUUGCAAUUUACUUUUUUUUAUGAUUAUUAUUACUUGAGUUCCAAUUUUAGUUGCUCAAGUUCAAGUGUGUGUCCAUUGACCAUUACACAACAGACUUCUUCAUCCACGCACUAUUUAAGUCGAUGUACAAGCUUUAUUGAAAGAUAAAAGACGGGAAAAUGUUUCAUCACCACUCCCUGCAGUACUUCCUCUUCCCUCGGUUCACCACAUUGCUCAUCGCAAGCGGAAUAGUGAGAACACACUAUCGAUACUCUUGUGGGGAACGUGUGACGUGUCCAUUUGUCAUCACAUAAACGCUUGGAGCCUGUCAUACAACAGGUGCUUUUUAAGCAAGACUGUGAGAAUAUGAGUAUCGUCUUCAUCUUUAGGGCCCGUCUGUCAGUAUUUCCUCUCAUAUUUAAAACACAUCAGUGCCCCUUUCAACACUAUUAAAGUUCAUAUACUGUUCAUAUAAAAAGUCUACACACACCCUGUUCAAAUGCCAGGUUUUUGUGAUAUAGAAAAUGAAGAUGAGUCCACCAUUGUUGUGACCGAGAUUACCUGUACAACUCAAUGAGGGGUGGGGGGAAUCUUUUCCUGAGGGGAAGUAAAAGUAAACAACAGAAAUAACGUCGUUGCACAAGUGUGCACACCCUCUGGAAUAACAGAACAGAACAGCUGCACUUUCUUUGGGUUUAAUCAGAGGGCCUUUAAAUGGUGGCAGGUGUGGGCUGACUCCGAUUUACGUGAGUUUGAAUGUUGAUUGGUUCAUUCAGAACACAGCCAUAUCUUAGUCAUAAGGCAGUGUGCACACUUGUGCAACCACAUUAUCUCAGCUGUUUUAUUUACACUCUUAAAAAAUUAAAUUGACUUUAACUUGUACAGGCGAUGGGUAGCAUUGAUGGUCAAAUGUUUGGAAAUUAUUUUUCAUGGUCUCAAUUAACUUCUGAACAGUGGUGUGUAGACUUUUUAUAGCCACUGUAGAUUGUAGGAAAACUAAGCGUUUUGCAUCAUAUUCCAAAAAAGGUCUCUCAUUCCUGUUUUCAUCACUGGUCUUCCCAAAUGUGUGUUGUUUUUUUUUUUUUAAGACUGAUCCCAGUGUUAUGUAUAUUUGCUAGGUGAGGAUUAGAAUGCUUAUUUUGGGGGGGAAGGAGGAAAACACACUGGGUUAAAUACAUACGUCCGGCCUAAUGUUCAUAGUGUGGGAGCUUCUCAACUGAGGUUUAUCUUUUUUGAUAGGAACCCCAACGUGAGGUGAUAUUGUGACAAUGCAGCUAAAACAAUGACAAAGUUCACGUUGAUUUUUGUACGUCAUUGUCUUUGCUUGUUGUUGACGCUUCCCCUUCUGUGGUGUUUGCACUUUGUAACAAAAUCUUUAACCAAGUUCUAUUUAUAUAUAUUUGACACGUUCAAAGUCAAAAUUUAUAUUUGUAUGUCUCUGGCAACUGCAGUAAAAAAAAAAAAACAAAAAAAAAAGGAAGAGUUAACAGAACAACGACCUCCUGAUACCAGCGCACUGUUCUUUUUUUUUUUUUUUUUUUUUUUUUUGUUUUUUUUUUUUUGUUUCAGGAUGCAAACUGUGGUAAAAGUUGAAUGUCUGCUACUCGCCUUGUUAUUAAAUCCAUUUAUUUCACUGCCGUCAGAGCAGUUGUUGUUUUAAAAGAACACUUGUUUAAAAAGAAAAGCUUUUAUUAAAUAACUUAAGUGUGA